UUCGUAACAACUUAAUAUUUUGGCAGCUUCGUCGUUUUGGUUGAUCAAGAAAAGGCAGAUCCUCAAAACAGUCUCAGAUAUCUCAAUCACAAAAUUCUCUUUUCUCUUUUUUGUUUUCUUUGCUGUGAGAAUAAUGGGCCCAACAUACAGAGAUAUGCCAUUGCCAAUAGGUAUGAGGUUUCGUCCUUCAGAUUUGGAGAUGGCUGUUUAUUUUUUGAGAAACAAAGCUUUAGGACUUACCAUGAAAGCUCGUACUGUACCUGAAGAGUGUCAUGAUAUCUUCUCAAUACAUCCUCGUGACUUGCCUGGCUAUGGAAGCGAAGAGCAUUGGUACUUCUAUUGCCAAAAAACCAAGAAUCAAGUUACUACUACCAAAUCUUAUCAUCUCUGGAUACCAACAGGAGAAGAAACUGAUGUGUUAGAUCCAAAAAAGAAUGGCGAAUUAGUCGGUAUCAAACGGUCAUUUGCUUUCAUUGAGAACGAAGAUGAAGAAGAAGAAGAAUCCGAUAAUAGAAACGGUUUGGCUGAUGAAGAAGAAAAACCUCCACAAUACAAUUGGUUCUUGGAUGAAAUUAGCCUCCCAUUGACAGUUCUAGAUACUGAUUGGGUUUUGUGUCAUAUCUUUAACGAGAAGGUUAAACCUGAAUUUGUUAAUUUGCUGCCUGCUAUAGUCGAAUCUGAAUCCGAAUCCGAUCCAUCCGAAGUAGAAGAUGAAGAAGAAGAUGAAACUGUUCUUCCUCCACCUCCUGCUUCACCUUAGCUUCUUCAUGAAAUUGUGUUUUAGCGUUGUUGUUAGAGUUUUAUGAUUUUUCCCCAUGGCUUUUUUACUUCAUGUGAAAACACUAAAUAACUAUUUGAUGAUUCAAUAAUUAAGGACAGAGUUUUGGUUUUAUGUCGAAUAAUUAAAAAAGUGAAACAUAUAUAAAGAGUUUUAGAAUCAGAAUGAAUGCAGACAAAAUCU